CUUCUUGGGCUUUGCCUGCGGCUGCGGCUUACUGCUGAGUUUCGCACAGUCCUCGUGGCAGCACUUCGGCUGGUAUAUGUGUUCCUUGUCACUGUUCCAUUAUUCUGAGUAUUUGGUGACAGCGAUCAAUAAUCCCAGAAGUUUGUCCUUGGACUCUUUCCUCCUAAACCACAGUUUUGAGUAUAAUCUAGCUGCUCUCUCUUCUUGGAUAGAGUUCACAGUUGAAAAAAUCAUUUAUCCAGAAAUGAAGCAGAUCACCUGGCUCAGUGCAGUAGGGUUAUUGAUGGUGAUCUUUGGGGAAUGUCUGAGGAAAGCUGCCAUGCUCACAGCUGGCUCCAACUUCAACCAUAUUGUUCAGAAUGAGAAAUCGGAUACUCAUACUUUGGUGACAAGUGGGGUGUAUGGGUGGUUCCGGCACCCAUCUUACGUGGGAUGGUUUUACUGGAGUAUUGGAACACAGGUCUUACUCUGUAAUCCCAUCUGUGUUGUUGGCUACACUUUAGCUUCCUGGAGAUUCUUCAAAGAGCGAAUAGAAGAGGAGGAGAUGACGUUAAUUCAUUUUUUUGGAGAGGAAUACCUGAAGUAUAAAAAGAGAGUGCCAUCAGGUCUGCCUUUUAUCAAGGGAAUCAAAGUGGAACUGUAACGUGAAAAAUCAGACUAAGCUCCAGGCAUCAUAUGGAAAGGAACUAUGCAUAGCACUAUAUUGUGACACACUCUAAUAGUUGCCCGUGUCCAUUUACUGGUCAUCUGCUGGGGAAUCGUUAGAGGCUAGGCAACUGGAAUGCCUUCCAAAUAAACAAGAAGCUCAGUCAAGAUAGGUGUUCUUAGAUGUAUAGGGGCGUUUUUGGGAUUAUUUAAUCUAUAAUGAUCCUAAAAUGUCAUGUAAUGCUGGCGAGAAGAUGACUCACUCUGCCUACAACAGCUGAGUUGUACUGAAUAUGUUGACAGAUUCUGUUGAAGAAUGAGCUUUGCACUUCCUAAUAACUACCAUUGCACUUGAAGGGUGCUGGUUCAUAUUUCCAUGGUGAAACUUUAAAAGUCAAGCUUUUUGACAAUAAAAACACUCCACAGCACAGCUUUAACCUCUCUGGACCUGACUUUACAAACCUGCAGUGUGUGGAAUUCCCACUGAAGUCAAUGUGGUAAUGUCCUGCUUGGAGGGCUUUCAGAACUUGGCCUUUUAUGUCUGUCUUUUAAAUGCAUGAAUUUGCAUACUGUUUGGGAGAUAUGCUUUCCUGAAAGAUUGGCAGUGUGGCACAAAGCACUGUCUUCUGAUACAAUGUUAAUAGGGGGCUUUCAAUAUGCAAGCUCUCUUAAAUCACAAAUCUUUAAACACCACAAAAGCAUAGGCUAGAUACUUUCUAGGUUACAUAACUCAGUUGUUUCCAUCAGUUUAGUGCCAUGAAUUUACGUUUCAUUAUUGCUUUCUCAUUUUUUCCAUAGUACCCUUGGCAAAUCAUAAACUUGCUUCUGUAAAGCACACUCUUCAAAUUCAUGAAAAUCGUGCUGCAUUCAAUCCUAUUCAAAUAAACUGUUAGCUCUUUCUCCACUCAAA